UGUGCCGGGGCCGCCGCGCUCGGCCCCGCUCGGCCCCGCUCCCCCGCGCCCCCGCCGCCGCUCCGGGGCGGCAGAAAGCACCGUCAGAUCACAGCGAAAACGCGAGGUUUAAAGUUAGUGCUGACACCCCACGGAGCAUCUCUGAGUGUAGCUGGCAGAUGGAAAACUCCCCGAGAGGUCUUGGGCUCAUUAGUCGUGUGUUUGAGCACCAGCGGUGGUAUCGGAAGGAGAAACUGUUAAACUGGGGUGCAGGGACCAUCUGGAGGAGGGAAGAGGCUCCAUGCCAGGCGUCCAUCUCGUUUCGGUGGCACACCAUGGAUACCACCGGCCACAGCGUCCUCCUCCUCCAGCAGCUGAACAUGCAGCGAGAGUUUGGCUUUCUGUGUGACUGCACAGUUGCCAUUGGAGAUGUUUACUUCAAAGCCCACAGAGCGGUGCUCGCUGCUUUUUCAAACUAUUUUAAGAUGAUAUUUAUUCAUCAGACAAGCGAGUGCAUAAAAAUUCAGCCUACAGACAUCCAGCCUGACAUAUUUAGCUACUUGUUACAUAUCAUGUACACUGGGAAAGGGCCAAAGCAGACUGUCAGCCAGAGCCGACUUGAGGAGGGCAUCCGCUUUCUGCACGCAGACCACCUCUCCCACAUCGCCAUCGAGAUGAACCAGGCCUUCUCCCCAGAGCCGGUCCAGUCCUCCAACCUGUACGGGAUCCAGAUCUCCACGGCGCACAAGCUGGCGAAGGAGCGCCUGGGAGCGAAGGAGAGCCUGCCCAAGGCGGGGAGCAGGGCUGCGGCCCAGGCCGAUCACCCCCAGCUGCAGCUGUCCCUGGCCAUCGGCCUGGACGACGGCCCCCUGGACCAGCAGGUCGCUCGCCCCUCGGCCCAGCCCGCAGCUCUGGCCAAGCCGGCGGAGGAGCGCCCGAAGCUCUCGGUUUCCAUAAAGCAGGAGAGGUGCGACUCGGAGCCCGUGGUGUCCCAGAGCUGCACGCCUCCCUCUCCGGAGGUAGCCAGCCCCAUCUUUGCAAAGGGCAGACUCAGGGUGCACCUGUGCCACUACUGCGGGGAGCGCUUCGAGUCGCGCGAGGGGCUGCGGCAGCACCUGCACACCCACGUUUCAGGCUCGCUGCCCUUCGGUGUCCCGGCCUCCAUCCUGGAGAGCAGCGACCUGGGGGAGGUGCAGCCUCUGGCUGAGGACAGGGAGCCUGGGGACGGCCAUCGCCUCGGGGCCUUCCUCCUCAAGGAGGAUGAGCAUCAGCUGGAGCACCCGAGCUGCAGCGACCUGGAGCCUCUGCAGAUUGGGCAGCUCUCCCUCAUCUCCAAGGACCACGAGCCGGUGGAGUUGAACUGUAACUUUUCUUUCUCAAGAAAGAGAAAGAUCAGCUGCACGGUGUGCGGCCGCACGUUUUUCCGGAAGAGCCAGCUGCUGGAGCACAUGUACACGCACAGAGGGAAGCAGCACAAGUACGGCCGCUGCCAGCGGCUGGAGAGCCCCGCCACCCCCAGGUUCCACCCUUACUGUGACAGUGAGAGUGUGGGUAAGAGCUCCAGCUUGUCUCAAGACCACUUAGAUGAAUGUAUACUGGAGUCAGAUCUCAUCCAAGAAAGCGUUGAUACGAUCCUGGUAGAGUAAUUCUCCCCUUUCCGAUGCCGAAACUGAGUGUUUUGGCAUUCUCCACCUAGGGAGCUCUGUGCAGCUGAUUUCCUGAGCCACCAUUCCCCUCACCGCUGAGAUAACUGUGAAGGACUGUGUACUUUGAUUUGUGUACUUGCUUUUUUUACUUCUCCAACUUUGAAACUCGAGCUAAUUCCCAUCUAAGUCCUUCUUGGAAGCCUCUGUGUAACUCAGUUAUGUUUUUCCUGAAUGUGAACUUAGUCCUACUCUGCUUUACUGGAGUUAAGGCUGUAUUGCUGGGUGUGAGGUUUAAACAUUGUCUUGUACUGUGUGGUGCCUCGGACUGUUUGUAUCCCAUAGAAUUGCUCUUCUGAAACCAGAUGGAUGGAAGUGUAGAGGGAAAGACGUAUUGUGUUUCCCAAACAGUUUGUUUUUAAUGAAAAUAAAUAUCUCAAGGAGAUGAAUCCUGAA